CUCGUCGCCCGACCCUCGCCCGCUCGGACUCAGCAUCACAGGUACAGAACGUGUAUGCGCGACGUCGAAAGCCAUGGCGCAACAUUGUCUCGUGAUGCGCCAGUUUCCUUCUUGCUUGAGAACGGUGCAGAACGUUAGAAACACGGAAUAUGGAUUACUCUACAAGGGCUUGGUGAAUCUACCGUAGUAAUCCCCCUUCGUAACGUAAUGGGUAAGGCCAAACGGGGUCCCAAACCGACGGUAAAACGAAAUUCUCCCAAAGUUGUAGCAGCAAAACGAAAAGCCAAAUUUCGUCGGAUGCGAGAUGCUCGAAAAAGAAAACAGUGCUUGAGGAUAGACGCAUCUGCCAAACCUCAUCUCAAAACCCAGUGCUUGAAAGCAUAAUAACAACAAAAUAAACAAGCAAAGUUAAAUGAAGCUCUACACUAUGUUGGAGUGAGCUUGAGAAUUGUAGAUGAAACUUGCAUCCUAUAAAUUUUAGAAAAAAAGACAGCCCAACCUCCAGUCACCAUGGCAACGAGGGUGGAUCAUGGCCUGGAAGUGAGCCUUGGAGUGGCACUCAAAACCUGGGGAAGGGAGGCUUUGCUGCUGCUCUAUCGAGACAGGGAACAUUGAAAAGCUGAAGGAGUUGCGGAACAUGGAGGCCCACUGGACGGAGGAAGUGUACUCGAAGGCGAAUCUGGAAGAGAAGUGGGUCGAACUGGUGAAGGCUAUAACGGUCAUCCUAAAGGAAGGAGGUUUCGAGGUUUGGUUGCCCAUCUUCAAGGAAAAUUUGCAGUCGAUAAAGCAAGGAGAAAUCUACGACGACGAGAAAGUAGUGUUGCAAAAGACCCUUCAGAGUGAACUUCGGGAACUCUAUCGAAGCGGUCGGAAAACGACGCUUAUGCCCCUUGUGUGGGCUGGCCGGUCCUACCAUUUCAAGCACGAUGCCCUCCAAGUUUACAUCACCACCAAGUUCUCCAUUAACCAAAAUGGGCUCGUGACCUUUAUUGAAACCAAUGACUUGUUGGAAAUGAGAGAAACCUGUCGUGUGAUGGUCUUGCAAGGCGAGUCCGGAACCGGCAAGACGUCGCUCCUCCGUUACCUUGCCUCAGUGUGGAAGAGGGAUCAGCCAUGCCCUGUGCCCACACUUUCUAAGAUUGACUACCUUAUUUUCCUGGAUUGCAAUGCCGUGUCUGUUGGAACCUUCACAUAUGGUGAUAUCAUCAGAGAGGUUUUCUCGUUGACAUCCUCCUCCACAAAUAUCGGGUCCAUUGUGGAUAUUCUGAAGCGAGCGACCGACAGUGUGAUGUUUCUGAUUGAUUGUUUUGACGAGAGACUGAAGGCUUUCGAACAGGCUUUCAAAGACUUGCAAAGAAAAUUUCCUAAAGCUACAUUUCUGGUCACGACGCGGCCGCAUUCGACUCCUGCCAUCUGCAACCUGUGCGAGGACCUCCCCCUGAUUUUCACAGCACACGGAUUUAAUUGGUCCAGUGCGAAAUCCUGUGUCAGUAAGCUUCUUGCUGUAGAAAAUAGACCAGAAAACCCAGACGAGCUCCUCAAAAUACUUUCGCCACACCAAGAACUUGUGAAAAUCCCACAGCUUUUGUGUUGGUCUACAUGGCUGUGGCUAGAACAGGGAAACGCUACUUUUUCAACACGUGGACAAAUAUUUUAUAACUUGACAGAUUUCUUGCUAAGGAAAUUGUGCCACAUUAAUGGUAUCAGAAUUUUUUCUGGAGGCUUACCAGAACAAGGUCAAAAGUGGCUUAGUAUAGUAGCUCAAUGUGCUUAUGACCAAGGGAAAAUAGGGCUUGGUUCACUGAGCAAGACGAGUGAAGUAAUUAGUCUCAUGGAGGCUAAAGCAAUGAGCCUUGAGCUCAUGCCACUUGAAGCUCUCUCAAGUCUCAUGCAGUGCGACAGCUUUAUGUCGGCGCGAGGAGAACAUCUAAGUUUCCAGUUCAUACACAACUCCCACGCAAACUUUCUCAUCGCGUACCAUGUUUGCGAACGCCUGAGAAAUGACAAAAUCAAGAUCACCAAUCUCCUAAGGGACUUGAAAAUGGACCAGAGGACCAUCUUAACAUUUGUGGUAAGUAUUCUCUUCCGAAACAAGGAAGAAUCUGUUGGAUAUCAUAGGCUUCAAGAAAUUGCCUAUCUGAGUAGACAGCAUGUCAAGUUCUAUGAUAUAAACUUCUUCUUGGACCUUAUAGAGGAAAGCCAGUACGACAAGGGGCUUGCACAGGAACUGGCACGAUAUUUGCCCCUAGCUGACACAGAGCCCUCGCCCCAGAUAGGCCUAGGGAGAGCAGGUGACCUGAAUUCUUACUAUUUGUGGAUAAGGAAGAAGGAAAUAGAACGAAGUGAAGCUUUGGAAAUGUUGCUGUCUGUCUCAACGCCCUCUCGACUGUGGCUGCGUCUGUCGGAUGGCAUACCGGCUGACGAUGACACGUGUGCUUCAAAAAUGGCUCAGUAUGAUGCUGAAGCUGCGCUGAACCUGAUCAGAAACUCCUACAAGAACAAGCCUCUUUGCGAACUGAAGUUAAGCGACUUCACCGUGAGUCGUCCCCUUGCCUGGCCGCAGAACCUAUGGUGGCUGGAUAUAUAUCGCUGCAAGAUUGAGACAGAUCUCGGCCUACAGGAAGGUCUCUUGAAACUAAGCAUGUGCAAAUGUACGAACUUGGGCCACGUGAGCAUUCCCUCUACUGUGAAGUCGCUCAAACUUCAAGAAAUGGAUGUCGACGACCCCGCCCUUCCCCCUGGCCUUGAAACCCUCGUGGUAAGAUCCUGUCAGGUUAUCAGGCACCCGGCCCUGUCCCCUAGGCUGAAGAAACAUAGCUUCAUAAACUGUAUAUUUGAAGACGACAUCAUACUCCACUACGCUCUGAUGAAUUCGCUUAACUUCUCAGACGACGUAGCAUCCGGAGAUUCUUCUGACUAAAAUACUGACUAAAUACAAGGCACUGGAGGUUGCUGGCUUAUAACCUCACAGCCCUGAAACACGUGGGGAAGCUGCCAAUAGACGAGAUAGUGUCGAAAAAGUGAAAUAUAAUGUCACUAGAGUACUGUAUAGUGACGAAACGAACCUUACACUAUGGUGUUGACAUAGCAACAUGGUGAAAUAAGAUAGAAAAGAGACGAACUUUUUUUAAGUCGUUAUUCUGUACGACGAUGGAAUAAUGUGCUACUUAUGCGAAGAUGUACAAUAUAUGUGAGACACAGACACACAUGCUAAUGCAUAUUACAUAGUAUAUAUUUGUCUGUUUUUCUUUUGGUUACGUGUUGGAAAGGGUAUCUUAAUAGUUGUGAAUAUGUUCUUAGGUUUAUUUUUCGCAUAAAAUGGGGAUCAAAGUAUAUCAAGCAUGAUCAAAAAAUAUAAUGAUGAUAAAGAUGGUGAUAAGGUAUGUUGAUUCUAGAACAAAUACUAUUUGAGUGACAUGGUAAAAGGUUAUGCAUAAUUUGAUGUAAGUUCUUACAUGAUUGAGAAAACCAGAAGACCAGCAUUAGCCAUUAAACAAUAUGCUGAAAUGAUAUUAGUAAUGAAAUAAUUAUGUAAUGAAAUCCUGUUGUAUUAAGUAAAUCAUAUAGUAUUAGAUAAAAGUAUCAAGUAUAGUAAAGUAUUUAUGGUUAAAUCGGUGAUACAAUAGAUAUAAAUGACUGAUAACAUAAGCGACAUUUGCAACGGUCUGUAAUUUGACGAUAUUAUCUCUUACGAAGUGGUAUUGUAGAAAUACAUAAUAUAACAAAGAGAAGUCAUAAAGUUUGUGAUUUACCUCAUAAUAUCUGCGAGAUAUCGUGGGUUUUCAGUUAGUCAUUGUAACGUCACGAAAAUGUUGAUGCCAAAAUGUAAUUCAGUACAAUAUAUUAUGUCAAGUAUAUCUUAUUGUAUUACACUUUAUUUUUCUUCUUUUUUCGACGGUGUUUACUUUUAUAUCAACAAUAAAUUACAAAAUUCAUUCAGGAAAGACAUAUGUGAUACGGUGAUUUCUUUCAGUAUCAUAGCGAUAACGAAUAAUAUACAUGAAGAUAAUUCAGUAAUGCAGCCAGUGAUAUAAGAAAGCAAGAAAUAGUACAACGUAUAGUACAACAUACUACGUAGCCACAGCAAGAAGGCGACCUAUGGGAAAACAUUAUUGGAAGCCUAGACAAUUAGAAAAAAAAUAGUCUGGGUCUAAAAGCAAGAUAAAGAAAGCUUCACCGCCAUUGCUUGUCUGAACGCCCUUCCGAAGCUUCCGAAUGAACGCCCUUCCGAAGCUUCCGAAUCAACGUCCUUCCGAAGCUUCCGAAUCGACUCUCGGAUUCGAAGGCUGGAAGUUCCGUGGAGCAGCGACGGUUAUUUUUAGGGUAAUUUAAAAGCGGAGGUUACCGACGAAGCUAUUUGUAAUGGCUAAUAUAUAUUACAUAAGUUAUAAUAAAUGGUAAUAUUAAUGCAAAUGAGAUUGACGGAAGUGUUCAGUAAAAGCUAUGAUAAAUUGUACAAAACAGGGUGUCAAAUUUCUUUACCAAAGGGGCCCACAAUUCACCUUAAUUUACGAUGCGACGAAACGGCCAUACGGUUGACGUAAAAUCGGAGGCUAUUCCACUCAUAAAAGAAAUAGAAGUUAAUGAAAAUGGAAGCAAGAGUAAGCGAUCACCGUAAAAGAUGAAGGAAUGCCUUAAUUAAUCAUGUAAAAUGGCCGACAAUAAGACAAAUAGCAAAUAGGCGGAAAGCGGGUCGCGUGUUUGACACCCUCGUAUAAAGAGUAGAAUAGUGAAGUGUCAAUUCCAAAUGCAAGUGAUAAUGAAUAUUUUAAUAUAUACAAUUAUGUAUGCAUGUCUGGGUAUAUAAAUAAUGAAAAAAAUCUUAAUAAACUAUAAAACAGAAUAAAGUGUUCAGUAAAAUUAGACAGGCAAAGUAUGUAAUUUUACUAUUAUUAUUAAUAUUAUUUUACUAUUUUCUUUUCUAUUAGAUUGUAAAACAAAUGUAACUGAUUAUAAAGUUUGUUCCCAAGGAACUAAAAUGUAUCAAAGCAGAAAAU